AGCCGAGGCAGCUAGACUGGCCGCAGCGCCUGCCUCUGACUCCGAGUCCGAGCUUGUGAACACGAUUAAACAAAGAGCAAAGCGCACGCUGAGCUGGGGAGACGCAGGGCGAAGGACGGCUAGGAGAUUUGGUGUUUGGCGACUUUUCCGAAGGCAGUGAUUUGUCAGGACGUAACGCAUCAAUGCAGGCUUGAAACAGAUUAGUCAAGGGGUUGCAAGGGGCGCGCUGGAAGAAUGUUCCGGGGUUUGGGGGCCUGAUUGAGAGCGGAGGCGACGGUCGUCGCUUGUAGCGCGCGGAUACCAUGGCGACACAGAAUUUCUUUGCCCUCUUGGAUGAUGAGGAAAAUGACGACCCUCAGGCCCUGCUAGCCAAGGCGGCCGCCGCCCCUGCAAAGGAGCAGGCUGCCGCGGCCCCCCCUGCCAAGAAGACUGCACCCAAGGCAGCGCAGGCGGAGGCAGUUGCGCCCUCCCCGCGCCAGGUCGGCAACGGUCCUCCCCGUGGUGGACGCACUGGCCCCCGUGAGGGCGGUAACGGUAACCGCGCUCCGGGCCCUCCUUUCCGAGGCAACAACCGCGAGGGGGGGUUCAACCAGGGUGGUUUCCCCAGCCCCCGCCAGAAUGAAGAGGGCGGCCGGGAGGAUCGCAGGAGAGAGCCCAGGGCCCCCCGGGGCGGUGGCGGCGGCCGUGGCGGUGGUGCUGGUCGUGGGGAGGAGGGUGGCCCCCACCGGAAGCGCGAGUUUGACAGGAGGAGCGGAGCUGGGCGCGGUGGUGAGGUGAUGAAGAAGUCCGGCGCUGGCAAGGGCAACUGGGGGACCGAGUCUGACGUGGACGUUGCACCAGGCACCCCCGCCUCUGAGGCCGUAUCCACCCCUGUUGCGGAGGCUGUUGACGAGAAGUCCGCUGAGGACGCGCCAGCUGGCGAGGAGGAGAAGAAGGUGGAAGAGACUGCAACCGAAGAGGCGCCCGUUGAGAAGGAGCUCACGGAGGAGGAGAAGGAAGCGCAGGCCGAGAGGGAGCGCGAGGAGAAGGAGAUGACCCUGGAGGAGUACGAGAAGGUGCGCGCGGAGAAGCGCAAGGCGCUGCUGGAGAAGAGCCGCACCGAGGAGCGCAAGGUGAAGGUGGACAAGGACCUCGCCAAGAUGCAGGCGCACAAGAAGGCAGAGCCCGAGGACAUCUUUGCGCUGUCGGGCGACAAGGCCAAGGCCAAGAAGAAGGACACCAAGGACACCAAGGCGGACGAGAAAGACGCCGCCGCCGCCAAGAAGAAGGUGAACGUCAACGACUUCCUGAAGCCCGCCGAAGGCGAGGCACCGCGUGACUACUACCGCGGCGACGCGGGGCGCGGUCGCGGGCGUGGUUUCCGCGCCGAGGGCGGCCGGGGGCGCGGCAGCGAUGGCCGCGGUGGUUUCAGCGGUGCCCGUGGCGGAGGAUUCGGAGGAAGGGGCGAUGCUCGCGGCUUCCAGGGGGGCCGUACCGCUCCCGCACCGAAGAUGGACGAACAGCAGUUCCCAGCCCUAGGCGGCAAGUAGGCGGUCUCGGGACCGGCAUUGGACACCAUGUAGCGGAAGAAGACGGGUGCUCAGACUUGGGCUGAGCUUAUCAUAACGUGGACAUGGGUAUUGAGUGGUUACGAAUCAUAGCCCUUGUUUUCGAGGUUCUCAGGAUCGGUCAGAGUAGAGUCCUAUGCGGGAAGGAACUCGACUUGCCUUACAUGGUGCUUUUCUCACGCCAGAGAGUAAAGCUCUCGAAGGCCGUUUGCAGCAUCCUAAAGUAGUGUUGAGGCGGUUGGCCGCAAAAUGGCGGCAUGUGAGUGCAGUUGAUGACGACGUUCUGUAGUUUUAGCAGAUUCGCGCUUCAAGUUUGUUGCAACCGAUCAGUGAGUCCAACGAAGUGACCAGACUUGCAUGCAUCAGGCGUCAAGCUACCGAAUCCGAAGCCUUUCAAGUUAUGAGAGAUCAGGCUUUGCGUGAUGCAUGCAAUGUAUUGGACCAUGACUGAGCACCUGCUGUGACAGCAGCCCUGCUGAGCACAAAUACUUUGGAAAGUAUCAGUGGAUUGACGCGGUUCAGAAGAUCAGGC